AUGAGCCGUUCCUGGAGGAGUCACCUGUCCCUCAACUUGACUUCUCUACAUUCGACUUCAGCAGACUUGACAAUCACGUUCAUGGCCAAGGAGAAGAGUGACACCGAGAUUGUGCAUCCGGUGAUUAUGCCCUGCUCCAAGUGGUGCCAGGCUGGUGAAGGUUCCAAAGAUACAGCACUGUUUGGGUUUGAGUCUGAGUCGCUACCGCGGAAACGACACAUUUUCAACUUUUAUACACUGCGGCUGAAUUAUCUACAAACGCCAAGAAGUUCAAAGAAGAUGUCGUCGAUGGAGAUGGAGGUUUGUGGAGAGGACACUGUUCUGGGAGAACUACAGAAAUAUCUGAAGGAUCUGUUCAACGAUCAGCUCAGCGACUUCAACAUGCAGGUGAAGUUAGCGAAGCUGGAGCUGCUGCACCGCGGCUCCUUCCACCUGCAGUUGCGGCCGCAGCAGCAGGAUGCCGGGGAGCUGCCGGUGGUGGACCCUCGCAGCAUGAAGCUGGCGCUGGAGCAGGCGCAGACUCACGUGAAGCUGCUGCUGGCCCUGAUGGACCUGCUGCUGGAGGAGAUCUGCCACUGCCGCCACCUGCUGCAAAGCUUCCUGCUGCAGUGUGAGAACCAUGUGGGCCUGGACCAUAUGGGCCUGGACCAGGAGCAGCUCUCCUCCACACUCACCGUGCUCAGGCACCUGCAGCAGCAUCUGGACGACUUCAACCAGAGAGACCAACUCAACCUCGGACCAUUCCACCUCGACAACCAGCUGGCUGUGCCCACAGAGAGAGAGGAGAGAGCACAGAGAGGAGAGAGCAGAGAGGAGAGAGCGCAGAGGGAGAGCGCACAGAGGGAGAGCACAGAGAGGAGAGCACAGAGGAGAGAGCACAGAGGAGAGAGCACAGAGGAGAGAGCACAGAGGAGAGAGCACAGAGGAGAGAGCACAGAGGAGAGAGCACAGAGGGAGAGCACAGAGAGGAGAGCACAGAGGAGAGAGCACAGAGGAGAGAGCACAGAGGAGAGAGCACAGAGGAGAGAACACAGAGAGGAGAGAGCACAGAGAGGAGAGAGCACAGAGAGGAGAGAGCACAGAGGAGAGAGCACAGAGGGAGAGCACAGAGGGAGAGCACAGAGGAGAGAGCACAGAGAGGAGAGAGCACAGAGAGGAGAGAGCACAGAGAGGAGAGAGCACAGAGAGAGAGCACACAGAGGGAGAGCACAGAGAGAGGAGAGAGCACAGAGAGGAGAGAGCAGAGAGGAGAGAGCACAGAGGGGAGAGCACAGAGAGGAGAGCACAGAGAGGAGAGAGCACAGAGGGAGAGCACAGAGAGGAGAGAGCACAGAGGGAGAGCACAGAGAGGAGAGAGCACAGAGGAGAGAGCACAGAGAGGAGAGAGCACAGAGAGGAGAGAGCACAGAGGGAGAGCACAGAGGAGAGAGCACAGAGGAGAGAGCACAGAGAGGAGAGAGCACAGAGGAGAGAGCACAGAGAGGAGAGAGCACAGAGAGGAGAGAGCAAAGAGAGGAGAGAGCACAGAGGGAGAGCACAGAGGGAGUGAGCACAGAGGGAGAGAGCACAGAGAGGAGAGAGCACAGAGGGAGAGCACAGAGAGGAGAGAGCACAGAGGGAGUGAGCACAGAGGGAGUGAGCACAGAGGGAGAGAGCACAGAGGGAGAGAGCACAGAGGGAGAGAACACAGAGGGAGAGAGCACAGAGGGAGAGAGCACAGAGGGAGAGAGCACAGAGGGAGUGAGCACAGAGGGAGUGAGCACAGAGGGAGAGAGCACAGAGGGAGAGAGCACAGAGGGAGAGAGCACAGAGGGAGAGAGCACAGAGGGAGAGAACACAGAGGGAGAGAGCACAGAGGGAAAGAGCACAGAGGGAAAGAGCACAGAGGGAGAGAGCACAGAGGGAGAGAGCACAGAGGGAGAGAGAGAAGAGAGCGCACAGAGGGAGAGAGCACAGAGGGAGAGAGCGCAGAGGGAGAGCGCACAGAGGGAGAGCACAGAGAGGAGAGCACAGAGGGAGAGAGCACAGAGGGAAAGAGCACAGAGGGAAAGAGCACAGAGGGAGAGAGCACAGAGGGAGAGAGCACAGAGGGAGAGAGCACAGAGGAGAGAGCACAGAGGGAGAGCACAGAGGAGAGAGCACAGAGACGAACCUGACAGUGGUCCUCUGUCUGCUCUGUCACAGAGACAGAGCCCGCGCCAGGUCGAGAUCAGCGCGUCUCUCAUCUACAAACUCCCGGUGGUGUUUGACCGUCUGCGGUGCGUCGCAAAGGCCACGGCAGUGCAGCUGUUCUGGGCCGUGGCGGGCGGCGAGACGCCGGAGGAGGAGCCUCUGCAGUUCUACGAGGUGCAGAUCAAAGCGCUGCACCCGAGCGUGGACGAGCACGGCCCAUACGAACAGUACGCGGUGCAGGGGAUGCAUCUCUGCGUGGAGCCGCUGCUCCCUGAGCGAUGCUAUCAGUUCACUGUGAAGCGACUGGACGGAACAGGACUGGUGCUGCGGGAUUGGACCGACGAGAUGACCAUGACGACCACAUCGCUGUAG